CCUUGGCCCAGCGGCCAUCUCGCACCUUCUUGAAUCGGCAUCUGCACGCGGUAUUGUCGUAUCACGCAGGCCAGAAAGACCCUCGAAUCACAAAGAUGAGACUGUGCGUGUGAAUGAAACAUGCCGAGCACCUACUUAGAUAGCACGGUCCCAGUUGUAGAUGUCAAAGCAGUCAUUGACCUGCGCUGGAACUGGAUGCUUCGGUGCGAGCCGGAAGUCUACCUGGAGGGUGAUCAUGUUCGACAUGUCGAGCGAUAUACCAACAUGUUCCCGGUGGCCGUUACCCCUGGCCACGCGCGUCUAAGUGUCACAUAGCUU